AUGAAAGGGUUCGCCUACCUCUCUACUGCCUUACUAGCCUCUCUGCCUGCCUUUGCUAUCCCAACGGAAUCAACCCUACAGAAAAAAGCACCACCAAGCAAUGUCGGUUACCUGGCCGUCACCUGGAAGACUGCGGACAACAGCGUGUAUUUUGCCCUCAGCGGCAAUGAUGACGCUCUAGAUUUUAAGCCUAUCAAUGGCGACAAACCGAUUGUGAAGCCUACGCUUGGGACAAAGGCCGUUCGGGAUACAUCUAUCAUUGUCGGACAAGGUGACAAUGUUGGAAAGUACUAUAUUCUAGGUACUGAUCUGAAUAUUGCUACGACCAAUUGGGCAGCUAGUGUGCGUACCGGAUCCCGUGGAAUAUUCGUUUGGGAGAGCACAGACUUGGUCACUUGGACGAAUGAGCGGCUGGUGACAGUUGAGGAUAAAACGGCUGGCAUGGCCUGGGCUCCCGAUGCGUUCUGGGACGCCUCAAAGGGACAAUACUUUGUUCACUGGGCUGCGCAAUUAUACGCUGAAGGUGACACCCACCACACCGGUGCUCCUACCCUAAACACUAGUAUGCGGUAUGCCUACACCAGCGACUUCAAGACUUUUACUGCACCGAAGACAUAUCUGUCACUGGGCGACGCCCCUGUAAUUGAUAUGUCCCUCCUCCAGGAUGGUAAGGCGCUCAAGCGAUUCUAUGUUACAGGAGGUGGCCCAGUAGAACAGACCAGCACCAACGGACUUUUCGGGAAUUGGAAGACCGACGGAGCAAUUGCGGGUAGCAAUGGCUUUGAAGCGCCGUAUGCCUUCUGGGAUAACGUGGAUAUUCACCGAUCGUAUCUUCUCUGUGACAAGGUAGGCGGUGGCGCUGGAAUUCACGCGUGGACGUCGACCGAUGGGCAUGCGGAUUCAUUUGCCGUGAAUAAUACCCACAACUUAGCCUUCAUGCGGCAUCUGUCAGUCCUGUCAGUGAACCAGAAGCAGUUUGACGCCUUGUCGGCGUUAUAA